AUGCACUCGUCGCUCGUACGGAUACAGAAUGUGUUCGGCUUCUUCACCACCGUCGCCUUCUCACUGGGCAUGCUGAUAGCGCUGAGCGUUGUCGUCUCGCACCAGAACCCGACAGCAGAGCUCGAGCUGCGCAACGUCCAGGGCCGCCCUCACUACUACAGCACCAAGAAGGAGGAAUAUGCGCACAUCAAGUUUGAUCUCGAGACUGAUCUCAGAUCCCUCUUCUCGUGGAACACCAAGCAAGUCUUUGUCUACGUGACUGCAACAUUCCCCUCCAAGUCACCUCUGUCCCCUCCCUCGGAAGCCAUCAUCUGGGACGCCAUCAUCCCCGCUCCUUCCGAGCCCUGGCACGAAAACACCUACAUACACCCCCAAAAGAACCGCAAACAACCCUCUCGCCGCCAAAACACCGCCGCCGCAAACCACAAAGCCUACCCCGAAGGCACGGCCCCCGGUAUCCUCAACCUCUCGAACCAGAAACCAAAGUAUCAGAUUACCACUCCUUGGUCCAAAAUUGGCGGGGCUGAGAAUUGUACGCUGCAGCUCAAGUAUAAUGUGCAGCCUUGGGUUGGUGCGUUGUAUUGGAGUACGCCUAGGCCGUUUGGCAUGUGGGAGGGUUUGCAGGGGGCGAUGAGUGAUGUGUUUUCCAUGCCGUUGGUUAAGAAUUCUGCACAGGCGAGUAAGAGCAAGGAAGAGUUGAAGACUGAGACGGGUGGUGAGAGAAACAGGGGAAGUCCUGCUUAG